AUGUCUAUACGGAAUGGCUCUGGGUUGGAGGGAAAAAUUGGCUUAGCAUUUGUAGUGUUCUAUCAUGGACUGGAGAUUGAACAUGCGAAGUUUAAAUUAGAAAAAUAUAAUUCGGUGUAUCAAGCUGAACUGAUUGCUAUACAAAAAACCUUGGAGUGGCUUAUAAUAAAUCUAAAUGAAUCACAUAUAAUUACAAUACAUUCUGAUUGUAUGUCAGUUCUUCAAGCACUCUCUGAUCCCGAGCAGCAAAAUUUAAAUAUUCAAACUAUUAAAAAAUUGGUGAUACAAUUGGAGGUAAGGCAUCAAUUGAAUUUUUAUUGGGUUAAAGCCCAUAUUGGUUGUUUGGGCAAUGAGAGGGCGGAUGUCUUAGCAAAGGAGGCAACAAUGAGUAAUGGUAUUGAAACUGUCGAUGUACAAGCCUCCAGGAGAAGAUGCAUUAACAUUAUGAAGUGUGACAUUGUAGAUAAAUGGCGGACCAAUGGGAAAACUCUGCUAAAAAUAAUAUGUUCAUGA